GGAACAUGCUGCGGGUCGGACUUGAUUGCGCGAGUGACGGUGUUGGUGUCGUUUGUAGAACUUCAUCGGAGAUGGCCAUGCCGAAUACCCAGUCCUUGGUAUAAGAAGGACUUUUUGUCGCUUUGCUCAUUCACUCAUCAAACCAGAUGAGAAGAAACGAUGGCAGCAGUCUCAUCUAACGCGUUGGCGUCCGCUUUGGAACAGCCCAGAGGGUCUGUCGGGGCGUACAAAGAAUUGUCCACAAGCACGGUUCUGCUCGAGAAUGAAUUGCAUGGUACUGGCAGAUUCGCCGCCGCAUCGUUCCCGAACUAUCUGCCGGUAUGGGAUAAUGAAAAGGGAGAAAAAUAUGCUCCUUUGGAACCAUUUGAGCACUACGAGCACGGCAAAGACGCUGACCCAUCCUUUCCCAACCUGCUAAAGGAGGGAAGCCAUCUUGAAGACAUCACCGCCUCUAUUGGAGCCGAGGUCACCGGCGUGCAGCUUUCUCAACUGAACGACAAGGGCAAGGACGAACUGGCGCUUUUGGUGGCGCAGAAGAAGGUCGUCGCUUUCAGAGAUCAAGACUUUGCAUCUCUUCCCAUUGAAAAAGCUCUUGAGUUUGGCCGCUAUUUUGGCCGACUGCACAUUCACCCGGCCAGUGGAGCGCCGAAAGGGUAUCCUGAGGUCCAUCUCGUCCACCGUGGUGCUGAUGACAAGUCUUUCCUCGAGUUCCUGAAUAACCGGACAAACUCCAUCGCCUGGCACAGCGACGUCACGUAUGAGAAUCAACCUCCAGGAACUACCUUUUUGUACGCCCUCGAUGUCCCCGGCGCUGGAGGCGAUACCUUGUUUGUCAACCAGGCAAAAGCGUAUGAGAGGCUAUCACCUGCGUUCCGUGAACGCCUCGCUGGCUUGCAAGCUGUUCAUUCGGGCUACGAACAAGCCACGAGCGCUCUAAAUAGGGGCAGUAUUGUCAGAAGAGACCCUGUUUCGUCUAUUCAUCCUGUGGUGAGGACUCAUCCGGCGACCGGUGAGAAGGCAUUAUAUGUCAACCCACAGUUCACACGGUAUAUCGUCGGGUUCAAACAAGAGGAAAGCGACUACCUCCUCAAGUUCCUCUAUGACCAUAUAGCCCUCAGUCAAGACCUUCAGGCUAGGGUGAAAUGGAAGCCUGGCACUGUUGUUGUUUGGGACAAUCGGGUAACAGCUCAUUCAGCCCUCAUUGAUUGGUCGGACGGCCAGCGUCGACAUAUUGCGCGGAUAACUCCACAAGCUGAGCGACCAACGGAAUAGACCUGGGAGUGAUCUGGAUGCUGGGGAGGCACGGUAUAGCCACAAAGCCAGGUUCAGGGCGCUAGUGCGGCGGGAACCAACAUUUGGUAGCGGAGGUCUGUAGGACAUUAGCAGCAUCUGCGCGGCCGCGGCAUCACAAGACGUCGAGCAAUAUUUGGCAAAUCCAUUCAUUUUGACCUUGAGGAUUCUGAGUGUUGGCCCAGACCCGGUUGCCCGUUGCCGCCCCAACUCCAGACGAUGCUCGUAACCCUGAUGUGCAACCUUGCGGUGUAUGGCGUAUGUCUAGAAGCCCCUAAUCACCCUCCAAUCUUGCAACCACAGUGCUCAUGUCUUCGUCGCUGUAGAUUCUGAAUCCACCUUCUCGAGUGACGCUGGCUAGUUGGACAUUCUUUGAAUCCAGCUUUUCCUCCAUGACCUGCUUCAGUGUCUUCAGAACCAACGUCUCUGCUUCUUCUAGCGUUAAUGAUCGGUGGUACUCGGAUUGUAAUUCAGCUUGAGCUCCUUCGCUACCAGAGCCAAUGGCUUUUGCAUCGUAUCG